AUGUCGGACAAUUCGAACACCCACAGCCUUCCGCUGUAUGCACUCGGAAGUUAUGGGAGUUCCAGAGCCAGUCACCAGACGCCAUUGCAGAGGGGGUUUAUCUCGGUACGGCUUCAUAGGCCGUAUCGUGAUACCAGAAUCUUCAGAAUUCCGAGACCUGAGAGCUUUGAAGAGCUUCAAGUAAUGGCGUGCGAAAAAUGUGGGGUUCUUGCCCGACCCCGUGAGUUGGUAUUUUAUGUAAAGCACCGUACUCAACUGGGGUCGGGCCAAUAUGGAUCUUUGAAUUGGGUCCGGCUUGAGGCAUGGAAUUGGGGGCGGUUCCGAGAUUCUCUGAGCAAUUCCGCGACUACCCCUACGCUCAAGAUUAUCUGGCAGCCCAGCCAGGCAACUUUGCGCGAUCUGCGUGACACUGCUGGGUAUUCUGACGACGGCGAGGACGAAAGCUCGGACUUCGAUUCAUACACAUGA